AUGAACUGGAGGCUUGUUGAGUUCCUCUACUUCCUGUUUAUAUGGGACCAUAUAAUAAUACAGCCCUCCCACCAGGAACCAGCUGUUACCAACCAACAUGUCUCCAAGGAAUUUGAUUGGCUUAUUUCAGACAGGGGGCCUUUCCACCACUCACGGAGUUACUUAUCCUUUGUGGAAAGACAUCGUCAAGGAUUUACAACCAGAUAUAAAAUAUACAGGGAGUUUGCCCGUUGGAAGGUGAGGAACACAGCCAUCGAACGAAGGGACCUGACCCGCAACCCAGUACCCCUGAUGCCUGAAUUCCAGAGGAGCAUCCGCUUGCUGGGCAGGAGACCCACCACGCAACAGUUCAUUGAUACCAUCAUAAAAAAAUACGGCACCCACAUCCUCAUCUCUGCCACCCUGGGAGGGGAGGAGGCCUUGACCAUGUACAUGGACAAAAGCCGACUUGACAGGAAAUCAGGAAACGCUACCCAAAGCGUUGAGGCACUACACCAGCUUGCUUCCUCCUACUUUGUAGAUCGUGAUGGCACCAUGAGAAGACUCCAUGAGAUCCAGAUCUCUACUGGAGCAAUCAAGGUAACUGAAACUCGGACUGGCCCCCUGGGUUGUAACAGCUACGACAAUCUGGACUCUGUGAGUUCUGUCCUUCUGCAAAGCACUGAGAGCAAACUCCACCUGCAAGGUCUCCAGAUCAUCUUCCCGCAGUAUUUACAAGAGAAAUUUGUCCAGUCUGCAUUGAGUUACAUCAUGUGCAAUGGAGAGGGGGAAUAUGUGUGUCAGAACAGCCAGUGCGGUUGCCAGUGUGCUGAAGAAUUCCCACAAUGCAACUGUCCCAUCACUGACAUUCAAAUCAUGGAGUACACACUGGCAAACAUGGCCAAGUCCUGGACAGAAGCGUAUAAAGAUUUGGAGAAUUCAGAUGAGUUUAAAUCCUUCAUGAAAAGGCUACCUAACAACCACUUCCUGACCAUCGGGAACAUCCACCAGCACUGGGGCAAUGACUGGGAUCUUCAGAACAGAUACAAGCUCCUGCAGAGCUCCAUGGAAGCCCAACGGCAGAAGAUCCAACGCACUGCCCGCAAACUCUUUGGCCUCAGUGUCCGGUGCCGGCACAACCCUAACCACCAGCUGCCUAGAGAAAGGACAAUACAGCAGUGGCUUACCCGAGUUCAGUCCCUGCUUUACUGCAAUGAGAAUGGGUUCUGGGGGACCUUUCUGGAGAGCCAACGGAGCUGUGUGUGCCAUGGCAGCACCAGCCUAUGCCAGCGCCCCAUCCCAUGCAUCAUUGGGGGCAACAACAGCUGUGCCAUGUGUAGUCUAGCCAACAUUUCUCUCUGUGGCUCAUGCAACAAGGGCUACAAGCUGUAUCGGGGCCGCUGUGAGCCACAGAAUGUUGACUCAGAGCGUAGUGAGCAGUUCAUCAGCUUUGAGACAGACUUGGACUUCCAGGAUCUGGAGCUGAAGUAUUUGCUGCAGAAAAUGGACUCGCGCCUCUAUGUGCACACCACUUUCAUCAGCAAUGAGAUCCGCCUGGACACCUUCUUCGACCCCAGGUGGCGCAAGCGUAUGUCCCUCACUCUGAAGAGCAACAAGAACCGGAUGGACUUUAUCCACAUGGUGAUUGGCAUCUCCAUGCGCAUCUGCCAGAUGCGCAACAGCAGCCUGGACCCUAUGUUCUUUGUCUAUGUCAACCCCUUCAGUGGGAGCCACUCUGAGGGCUGGAAUAUGCCCUUUGGGGAAUUCGGCUACCCACGCUGGGAGAAAAUCCGCCUCCAGAACAGCCAGUGCUACAACUGGACCUUGCUGCUGGGCAAUCGAUGGAAAACCUUUUUUGAGACUGUCCACAUCUACCUACGUAGCCGGACUCGGCUGCCCUCCCUGCUGCGCAAUGAAACUGGCCAAGGGCCUGUGGACCUUUCUGACCCCAGCAAGCGUCAGUUCUACAUCAAGAUCUCUGAUGUGCAGGUGUUCGGCUACAGCCUGCGUUUUAAUGCUGACCUGCUGCGCAGUGCAGUGCAGCAGGUCAACCAGUCGUACACCCAAGGUGGACAGUUCUACUCCUCGUCCUCUGUCAUGCUCUUGCUGCUGGACAUUCGGGAUCGAAUCAACAGACUGGCGCCCCCUGUGGCACCGGGUAAGCCCCAGUUGGAUCUGUUCUCCUGUAUGCUCAAGCAUCGCCUGAAAUUAACCAACAGUGAGAUCAUACGUGUGAACCAUGCACUAGACCUGUAUAACACUGAGAUCCUCAAACAGUCAGACCAGAUGACAGCCAAACUCUGCUAACCCAGACUCUUCUGUGGACACAUCAGUAACUGAUCCUUUCACUGUAUAAAAAAAAAUGAAAAGAAAGGGGAAAAAAGGAAAUUUGUAAAAUGUAAUUAAGAGACGAAAAAGGGGAAAAAAUAGGAAAUUCUUCAUUUGUUGGAAACUAAACCAGUUCUAGCAGCUGUAUAAAACUGUCAGGCAUGUUUGUUAUUUCUAUAAUCCAUCAUAAAUGGGUCACACCUUACUAUCUUUCGACCUUGAGGGUAUUGCUUGUUAGGACUCAGGUGUUGCAAAAAUAAAUCAGAGGGAGGAUCAGAGCUGGGGGGAGGGAUGUUUCUGUAAUGAACUGUAAAGAUUUCUGCUAUGCAGGUGCCAAGACAAACAAAUCAACAAACAAACAAACAAAGGAUUAUAUAUAAAUGUAAAAGAACUGCCAUUAUUCCUAGUGGGAGUAAAUGGUCAAAAGAUAAAAGAUAUUUCUUCUGUUGCGAUUUA